CUUGCAUAUUGCUCGUUGAACUAUAUUGAUAUAUCCGUCCUGGCAUCAACAAUUCUCAUAGAUGACUUUCACAAUUGUGCUUGAAAGGUUGGUGUAAGUGGAAGCCACACCCAGCGAGCCAGCUCCCACCACACCAGCCACAACUGCUUCCCCAAAUUUGCGGAGAUCAGAAUGGAUGCCCCGAUCCUUCGGUGGGGUCGGGCACCCGUGCCGGUGCGGGGACGCCGUCAUCAGUGCGGCUCUCUCCGUCCGUUGCAGUGAGUGGGAACACGGACAUCUCAGAGAGUCCGUCUGCUGAACUGAACUUUGUUAUCAGCAAUUGCAUGAACCGCUCCCUCUUCAACAACGAACAACGUUUCAUCAGCAUCGAGCGGCCGAUCCCCGCCCUUCAAUUGGAAUUCGGUACUAUUCAGCCGACCGAACGAAGUAACACUGCAUAUCCUCAUUCAGCCCUCAGUGCUCACCGAUUGACCGAUAAGCUGAUCGACCAAAACGACUGUAACCUCUCUCCAUUUUAUUUUACCGACACCAGUUCUCACCUCACCAUCUUGAAUGACGUGAAUUUCACCAUUCACUCGGCCGCCGUGAACACACAAACACAAACGCAUCUACCACCCGCUUCACCAUCACCACCACACCACACCCGACUCGGGAGUCACGUCACCAUGGCCGACUACGACCAGCCCUCCAUGGGCAGCGCCUCAGCAGCAGCAGCAGCAUCCGCCGCCGCCGCCUCAGCCGCCCAAGCGCAGCUCAAAAAAGUCAAGAAGCAAAAAGUCCUACUCAUGGGCAAGUCCGGCUCCGGCAAGUCAUCCAUGCGCAGCAUCAUCUUCAGCAACUACCUCGCGCGCGACACGCGGCGCUUGGGGGCCACCAUCGACAUCGACCUGUCGCACGUCAAGUUCCUGGGUAACCUGACGCUCAACCUCUGGGACUGCGGUGGGCAGGAAGCCUUCAUGGAGAACUACCUGUCUCAACAGCGGGCGCACGUGUUCAGCAACGUCGGGGUAUUGAUCUACGUCUUUGACAUUGAGUCGCGCGACGUCGACCGCGACUUGGCGACUUAUGUCAACAUCAUCUCGGCGCUGGUGCAGUACAGCCGCGAGGCGAAGGUGUUUGUGUUGAUUCACAAGAUGGACCUGAUCCAGCCUAUGACGCGCGAGGACGUGUUUGAUCGCCGGGUUGCGCUCGUGAGACGCAAGACGGCCGAGGCGGUGGCUAUUGUGCGGAAGCAGAAGCCCGAAGUUACUGGCGCUCCUCCAGGUCCAGCUGGUGCCGUGCCAGGCUCCCUCCCCUCCUACCCCGAACCCUUAUCCACCCCCAUCCCCGACCUCGAAGUAGAAAUGCAACUCUUCGCCACCUCCAUCUGGGACCAAUCGCUCUACAAAGCCUGGGCGUCCAUCAUCCACGACCUCGUCCCCAACCUCUCCGUAAUCGAAACCCAACUGGCCUCUUUAGGCGUAGCAAUCGACGCCGACGAAAUCCUCCUCUUCGAACGCACCUCCUUUUUGGUGGUGUCCAAAUGGACUUCUCCAGAGGGGGAAUCCAACCCCUACGGCGAUCGAUUCGAGCGCAUGUCCAACAUCCUGAAAGCGUGGAAACACACGUGCUCGAAAUUUACGGGAACGCCGAGGAAUGCGGAGCAGUUUUCCGACUUUGAGUAUAAGAUGGGCGCGAACUUUAGCAUGUUUGUCACCAAGUUUACGACGAAUACGUAUAUCCUUGUUUGCAUGCCGCCGGGCGAGGCGAGGUUUAACAGCGCGAAGUUGAAUGUGGCGGCGGCGAGGCCGUGGUUUAGGUUCCUGGAUGGCCCGAUGAUUGCGCCGACGGCGGGCAUUGGGAGUUCUCAGAUGUUGAGCGGGUUAGCGGCUGCGGGAGGCGGUGGUGGUGGUGGUGACUGGUGAGGUGGCGUAGGUAGAGGUGAAGGGGACGGGUUGAGGGGAAGAAACUUGGUGAUGGAGAGCAUUGACGACAUGGGAUUGUGACCGUCGAAGAAGAGCGGGUUCGAGGGGAUCGAGAAGAGGCAUUCAGGCUUGCAUGAUGGGCGAUAGGCCAUUUGUUAUUUUGGGUUUGGGGUGGUUCGGGUUGGGGGCAUACAGCACGCCCACAAGACACAACGUCCCCUUGAUAUUGUGUCUUGGGCUUUCUUUGAUUGGCAUGCUUUUCUUAGUUGGGAUUUGCAUUUUCUUACACAGCAAGUUAUUUGCGAUAGGGGUUGAUGAUACCCAUAGCAGCCACGGCGACGGCGACGGCGACGGAGGCGUUCAAAAGUAAUCAGGGAAGAAGACAGUUCAGUAGAUUUAGUGUCGUGCAACAUGGUUAACAACAGA